CGGCCCCGCCCCACGCCGGAAGUUCCGGUGGCGGAUCGCGGGACCCGGCCGAGCUGAUCUCGGCGCGGGCUGCGGAAGCGGAGCGGCCGGGCGGGGAGCCCGCAGCGGAUCCCGAGCCGAGCCGUGCCGCGCGGCGCCAUGAAGGGCAAGGAGGAGAAGGAGGGCGGCGCGCGGCUGGGCGCCGGCGGCGGCAGCCCCGAGAAGAGCCCGAGCGCGCAGGAGCUCAAGGAGCAGGGCAACCGGCUCUUCGUGGGCCGCAAGUACCCGGAGGCGGCGGCCUGCUACGGCCGCGCCAUCACCCGGAACCCCCUGGUGGCCGUGUACUACACCAACCGGGCGCUGUGCUACCUGAAGAUGCAGCAGCCCGAGCAGGCGCUGGCCGACUGCCGGCGGGCCCUGGAGCUGGACGGGCAGUCCGUGAAGGCGCACUUCUUCCUGGGCCAGUGCCAGCUGGAGAUGGAGAGCUACGACGAGGCCAUCGCCAACCUGCAGCGAGCCUACAGCCUGGCCAAGGAGCAGAGGCUCAACUUUGGGGAUGACAUCCCUAGCGCUCUGCGCAUCGCCAAGAAGAAGCGCUGGAACAGCAUCGAGGAGCGGCGCAUCCACCAGGAGAGCGAGCUGCACUCUUACCUCACCAGGGCUCAUCACGCAGAGCGCGAGAGGGAGUGGAAGAGUGUCAGUGAAGCCAUGAAGGUGAGCGAGGAUGACAGCCAUGUCCGGGCUCAGCAGUCAUGCAUCGAGGCCAAGCACGUGAGGGUGCCCCCGGCCUGA